GUGGCCAGCAUGGCGGAUUCGCAGUCGCUGCUCAAGCGGGGUCCUUUUCGCUCCACGUGGCUGCGUGCCCGCAAAACUCGGACACAGCUCGUUCUCAGCCGCCGGCCCCGCCGCCGGCUCGGGACCUUGCGCUGGUGCGGCCGGAGGCGGCUCCGGCGGCGGCUGCUGCAAGCCCAGGCAGCCGGCGCGGACUGGCGGGAGAGCGGCUGCCCGGUGUCGCGCGCUGCGACCCGGAGGCCCAAGACCGCGGCCCCGAGCCCGGCUCCGGCCGCAGCCCCCGCCCCGAGUGGCCCCGCGAGCCUCCCCAUCCCGCCGGUGCGGCCGGCCGGCCCGGGCCGCGCGUUGGUGCUGCUGCCGCUCGAGCAGGGUUUUACUUUUAGUGGGAUCUGUCGUGUGACUUGCCUCUAUGGCCAAGUGCAGGUGUUUGGUUUUACCAUCAGCCAAGGCCAGCCUCCCCAAGAUGUCUUUUCUGCCUACACCCACUCUCGAUUGACUAUCAAUGCAGUUCAUUAUUCCAUGCCUGAGAAAAGCAAGAAGGAGAUGAAAAGGGAAGCCCGAGCUUUGCUCAGAUCUCAUCUUAAUCGGGAUGACAGAUGUUGGUUGAUGAAGAAUUUUUCUCCUCUGUGUUCCAUUGUGAUGCUAGAACAACUGAAAACCCCCACUGUGAACUUCUUAGUUAGCCAUCCAGGUUUAUCUUACGUUUUCGUACAAGAGAGUCCAACCUUCCAGAUUAACUCUGAACAUUUAGCCCUGAGGUCUGUUGGCAUUAGAAGAGAGAAGAAGAAAAACGGUCUUCGUUUGACAGAGAGUGCCUUGUCGGCCAUGGAGGAGUUGGUCACCGUGUCCUGUGAGGAAGUAGACGGCUGCCCUGUCAUUCUGGUUUGUGGCUCUCAGGACGUUGGAAAGUCAACAUUUAAUAGGUACCUCAUUAACCAGUUGUUAAAUAGUAUUUCCUGCGUUGACUAUUUGGAAUGUGAUCUGGGACAGACAGAAUUUACGCCUCCAGGUUGCAUUUCUUUACUUAAUAUUACAGAACCAGUUCUAGGACCACCUUUCACCCACCAGAGGACACCACAGAAAAUGGUAUAUUAUGGGAAACCUGCUUGUAAAAACAACUGUGAAAAUUAUAUUGAGAUAAUAAAGUAUGUGUUCAGCUCCUACAAGAGAGAGUCCCCUCUCAUCAUCAACACAAUGGGCUGGGUGUCAGACAAAGGGCUUUUGCUUCUCAUCGAUCUCAUCCGGUUGCUGUCUCCCAGCCACGUCGUGCAGUUCAGUUCUGGCCGGAGCAAAUACAUGCCGAGCCUGACCCCUGACCACGUGGAUGAUAUGGACGGCCUGUACACCAAGAGCAAGUCCAGAGUCAGAGACAGAGGUUUCCAACUGGCAGAGUUUACAGAGAGUUUGGAAUUCGCUGACGAAGAAAAGGAGAGUCCAGUUGUGUUCACUGGACAUAAGCUGAUAUGCGUCCAGUCGGACUUUGCGUUUAGGAAAACUCCGAGAAACAGAGAGUCGCAUAACAAAGUUCUUCGAGAUUUGGCGGUACUAGGUUACCUCGGCCAGCUGCAGCCUCCAGUGCCAAAACCACUUUGUCCUUUACACGGUCUCACACCCUAUCAGGUCCCUUUCAAUGCAGUUGCGCUCCGGAUUAUUCAUGCUGAUGUCGCUCCUACCCAUAUAUUAUACGCUGUGAAUGCCAGCUGGGUUGGUCUUUGCAAGAUCCUGGAUGAUGUCAGAGGAUACGCAAAUGGUCCCAUCCUACUCGCGCAGACUCCAAUCUGUGAUUGUUUGGGGUUUGGAAUUUGUAGAGGGAUCGACAUGGAGAAGAGGCUUUACCACAUCCUCACUCCUGUGUCCCCAGAGGAGCUAAGAAAUGUGAACUGUCUGCUCGUCGGAGCCAUUUCCAUUCCACAGUGUGUCUUCAAGAGCCAACAUGGGCUCGAAGGGACAAUACCUUACAUCACCACAGAUUAUAACUUUAAACUUCCUGGAGCAUCAGAGAAGAUUGGAGCAAGAGAAACCGAGGAGACGCGUGAAGAGAAAGUACACCCAAAGCCCAAACUCUAUCGCAAAAUAAACUGAUACUGACAUAGUAAGGGAAGGAGCUUUUACCAGAAAACUGGACUCCGUCUCCAGCCUGAAGUCAGGCUGAUGGUGAUGGCAGGGAAUGGUGCACUUAUGUCGCAAACAGUGUUUCCUCUGUAACUCGUGAAUCUAGAGUCAAUUUAACUCUUUUGAAAGCUCCAUGACUUAAGAGUUUUGCCCUAGUGUUCUGUAUGCUUCUUCAUACUUAACUGUUUUAUUUUCUAAAGGGUUAAAGCAGCAGGGAGAAGUUUGUACACCAUUAAAACAGAGAGAACACUGUUGAUUCCUCACAAAGCUCUUCAAAGACCUGGUUGUUGGAAUCUAAAUAAAAAUAGGGAAACUGGGGCCACAAAAAUCUACCAAAGAGGAAGGAGGGCCGGCCAGCAGGCUCGCGAGCAUAACAGGAUGUGAGGGCUCCCCUGGUCCUCGCCCAUCGAUGACAGACAGGCAGGAGGUCCCAGCAGCAGGGUCUGCCUGUGGACAGUCACCGCCGCGGGUCAUGCUCAUCCCCUGCUCAUCUGAUGCCGUCCACACACUCUUUCAUUCCCGUGGUCCAGUGUUCAAAGAUCACGUUUGGUCUCUUCAGUGUGAGCAAGGUUUCAUAGAUAAAAUGUUUGGACUCGAGCCGUUCGUUUUUUGGGGUUCUUUCAUCUGAUGACUUUAUGCUGAAAGAAUUGCUCUCAAAUCCAGGAAACCUUUCCUGUGGUCUCUUUAGAAUGAGCUCUGUCCUAACUGACUUCUCACCUGAGACCGAGGACAUACUGUGGGCAGCGCCGGACCCCAGGCUGUUUGGAAGAAGGAGCAGCAGAGUGGCGCCUGGACAGCCCCGUCUUGCCCUUUACGGCUUGACGGGAACUUGUAUGUGCAGAUGAAUCUGCCACCUAGCGCUUUCUCCAAGCGGGGGCAGGAGGCUGGUGAUGAUGCUGUUCUUCCGGAUGGCUUUGGGGGAAAUGAUGGAAACCCAUUCUUCGUCUGCUCCCUGGUUGUCACAAUUCUUGAUCCUCCAGGGUCAGAAGUGAUUUGGGUAACCAAGGAUAUCAGGCGGGGUCACGUCAUUUGUGCAUUUAAAUCUGUGAGAGUCUUAGGUAGCAUUUCAAAUUCGUCUUGUGGAUUCAGCUUCCUACAGAUUAUGUGGAAAGCUGGUUAUUCAGAUGUGGGUUUUAACGUCUCUGUUCAUUUAAACUGUUGGUUUUUGUCCUGUUUCUUCUGGUGGCCCCUCGGCAUCUCAGACCCACGCUUACACGUGCUCCCUGGAACUCUGCCACCCCCCAGGGUUGGUUUUGAUUCCCUAGAGACUGUUUAAGGUCUAACUUCGUUGCAUCUUAUUUAUAUUUAAAUUUACCUUGUGCAUGUUUUCUGUCUUGGUCUUGCCAAGAAUUUUGACAAUCUGCCAUCAUCAGCGUUCUGCCUCCUUCCCUAGUUCCCUGUGUCUUCACAGCGAUACUCGCUCUCGGUCCCGGGCGAUACUCGCUCUCGGUCCCGGGCGGCAGGUCUCAGGAGGAAUGAAAGCGGUGCCCCAGCGUUCCGUUCCAUUCAGGCUUGCCUUUGGCCUGAUGUCCUGCUCUCUUGAGGGCUGUGCAUAUGGAGGAGGCAGGCAUUGCCACUAGAGGGAGCUGCCAGCCAUUGGUCUGGGGGGGGGGGCAGGCGUGCCCGGGAGCCUGCCUGGGGUUUCCGGAGGGCUCAGGCAUCCUGGAGAGUUGGCUCUGUGGCCAGCUCAGGGGGCCCUGGUCAGACCCGCAGCCGUGCCAUCCACCCUGGAUAUCUGUCCCUGUGAUUGUCGACGUCAGCAGUUGGGGCUUUUUGUCAUUUUUAUCAUCCUUUGGUUCAGAAUAUGGUGGUAAGUUCUACACUUGCGUUAUUCUUAACAGAAACUCAAUCAUGUGUAUGUGUGUGUGUGUGUGUGUGUGUGAUUUCCAAAGUAGCCCAUGCUUAUUUUAAGAAAAAGAAAUAACAUGACUUAGACCUUGAAACCCUAGUUGCUGAUUUUGUGGUUCUUUAAAGCCAGGUCUUUAGAAGAGAUUCCUUUAUAGGAAAGAUAGAUGUGAAAAUAAAUGACAGGAUUCUUGGAUUCUGGGGUUUUAGUUUGUAAACAAAGGUCAGUUCCCAGCUGUCCUCUGUUGGGCCUGGGGGCAGGAAAUGGCGGACCCUCGAGAGCAUGGCCUGGAAACAGGAAAGGGGAGAAGGAUGGUUGAGCGGGCCCUUCAGGUGCCGUCACUGUCUGAGAGUCAGUCUGGGAGAGGCCUGGGCUGGCACCCCUGGGACGGGUGGCUGCCUCCACGCCGCACCUGGGAUUUCUGCCCCAUGGGGUGUGAGUGCCUCGAGAUGCAGGCCCAGGUUCCUUUCCUUGUGCCAGAUGGUGGUGGUUUUUUGUUUUAAUUGUCUAAUUCGUAGUCUUAUCCCUCAGGUUUGGAUGUGGCAAUAUAGUGGUUAAGGCAAUAGGCUUUGGUAUGAGAGCUCUGAGUUGGAAUCCUGAGGGGCCCUGGCCAGCCGUGUGACUUUGUGGGAGACACUCAGCCUCAGCCUGUUGACGUCUUCAAGAUGGGCUGGUGGCUGUUCCUCGGGGUGCCUGCGUCAUCGGGGGUACACGAGGCUUGUCUGUAUGUAGCGGGGCAGUACCCCGAGAAGACAGGGACCAAGAUUGUAUUCCUCACAGUCACAUUGGGAUGAAGAAGAAACUAAAUGUUUAAAUCCACAGCCGCCUUUCCGUCCUGCCUUCGGGCAGGGCUCCCUUCAAGCAUUUUCCAGCCCAGUGUGCUGUUGUCAGAGUUCUGGGGGGUCAGUUCCGGGUCUGCCGUUAGUCCCCGUUCCUGGCAGUUCUUCAGAAACCCCCGCGUAACUGCUUCUAAAGUUGUACGAACCGUUCGCACAUGUAGAAGGUGAUUUCAGUCGCCACCACGUAGGUAAUCACUGUUCUUGCCGUGACGCUGUCUUGUCUGGUGCUGCUCUGAGUCGUGUGUGUGUGCGCUAUAAAAUCGGUGUCCUGCCGCACGUGUGGCUUUUUUACCCUGCUCUUUUCACUUAACUCGUGAACUUCUAUAUCAUUAAAUAUUUUUGAGAA